AGGUCUCGGGCCCUCAGGCGGAGCGGCGGGUGCCGGACCCCCAGGCGGAGCGACAGGUCUCGGGCCCUCAGGCGGAGCGGCGGGCGCCGGACCCCCAGGCGGAGCGACAGGUCUCGGGCCCUCAGGCGGAGCGGCGGGCGCCGGACCCCCAGGCGGAGCGACAGGUCUCGGGCCCCCAGGCGAAGCGGCGGGCACCGAGUCACCAGGCACACGACAGUGGGCUCCGAGUCAACUGGCAUGACCGCUGGCACUGGGUCAGACAUUGGAUCGUCUGACUGGGACAGGGGGCAUCGGUCACCAGGCAUCAAGUCAUUUGGCUCGACAGCGAGCACCCGCGUCAUCUGGCAAGGCAGUGGGCUCUGAGUCAACUGGCAUGACCGCGGGCACUGGGGCAGACAUUGAAUCGUCUGGCUGGACAGCGGGCAUCGGGUCACCAGGCAUCAGGGUCAUUUGGCUCGAC